AUGUGUGUAUUUGACCCAGGGUUGCCUGUGGCAGUCUUGGUGGUGCUGACAGCUACAGUGGGCGCGGCGGGACCGGGAGGGACCUGCGGGAGGAUGUUGAAGACUCUCGUGCACGGGGCCUCGGUGGUGGCGCCCAUGCCUCCUAAUAUCACCGGGCAGUGGGUCUCCUCCAGAUGUGAAGUUCGCCCCGGACCACAGUUCACCGCCAGGUCGUACACCUUCACAGAGAACCUGGACUUUCACAACUACCAGUUCUUCUACGCCGAUCAGCACUGCGCCAGUCCACUGUACACAGUGACUUCACGUGGGGCAAUCAUACUCAGGCAAGUGUCAUGGCUGACUCGCGGUGGGACCGAAGCUGAUUACUGGUUGGAGGAUGUGUCCGUGACGUCACACAGCCAGGAGGUCGCGUCGUACCUAUCAGCACGAGUCAAUGCCACGUGUCCGGGGUUCAUCGCGUCCGACCACCAAUGGCACAACGACGUACCCUAUGAAGUUCUGUCCCGCCAAGCUGACCGUGACUGUGCCGUCGGUCUGGACUUCGUGCUGCACGAGCUGCAGCUGCUGCGCGUGGAGCAGAGACAGGACUCACGUGAUGGACACGUGACGGAAGAGUUGUUCCUGGGAGACAUUCACACAGACCGCACCCAGCGGCUGCUGUACAGACCAACCAGCUACCAGCCGCCGCUGGUCAACGUUCAGUUAUCCUAUUCAAACUGCAGUGUUUGUAAAGUUGUCCAAGACGCAGACGACAGACGACCUCCGGUCUUACCGACACGUGGAGAGUCCUCCUUGCACCUGGACGGAGAGUGGGUCAGCAUGCGCUGUGAGGUGCGACCAGAGGCGCUGUUCCUCACAAGACACCUGUCGUUCUACCCUGCUAACCGGACAUGGGAGGGUUGGUACGCGCACUACUCGGACCCAUCCUGCCGACAUGCAACUUUCUCCAUACACGCCAGCGGCAGCUUCACGAGGGGCGCUCGCUCAGCGCUGGUAGAAGGUGGCACGGAAUACAUUUUUCAGGUUACGCACAUGAGAGUGACCCCAGAAGACAGUGACACCACGUCACUCCUGAAUGUGUUCCACGGGCAGGGUUGUGGGGAUGGCGGCACCUGGCAGAUCGGCCUGGAGCAGGACGUUACCAGUACUAACGGGUGUGUCGCACUAGGUAUCGCCCUCCCACACAUAGAAUAUGAACUCUUCAAAAUGGAGCGAGACAUGCAAGACCGGCUCUUGCUGUACAUCGGACAGAGACCCAGCGACGGCACAAGUCCGAAGAACCCAGCCCAGCGCCCCACGUCCUACCAAACACCACUUCUGCAAUGUCUGCCGUCAGUGGACAGGCAUACUCCCGACAUAAGGACUAACAUGAACGAUGUAAAUAUUUCCAGACGUUGUACAUUUAAUUCAGCGCUUGUCUUUUUAUCAUGUGUCGUGUUGUAUGGGUUCAGAUAACCGCCACGCU